GUUGCGGAGGAAGUGGCGGUUGUUGGCGCGCGUUCGUUGGGAGUUCUACUGAAGUAAGCAAAGGUGCUUCGCUGGGCCCGCGAGCCCCGCCGCGCCCUUCAACCUUCAGUUAUGGCUCAUGAAACAAUGGAAUAUAGUAUCCAAGCACAGUUAGAUAAUCCUGCUUCAGAAGCUGUUCCUGAGGUCAGCAGCAGCCAAGGAGGACCGCUUCUGCUGCAGCCUGCUCCUGUUGAAGCUGUCAGCAGCCAAGGAGGACCGCUCCUGCUCCAGCCUGCUCCUGUUGAAGCUGUCAGCAGCCAAGGAGGACCGCUCCUGCUGCAGCCUGCUCCUGUUGAAGCUGUCAGCAGCCAAGGAGGACCGCUCCUGCUGCAGCCUGCUCCUGUUGAAGCUGUCAGCCAAGGAGGACCGCUCCUGCUCCAGCCUGCUCCUGUUGAAGCUGUCAGCCAAGGAGGACCGCUCCUGCUGCAGCCUGCUCCUGUUGAAGCUGUCAGCAGCCAAGGAGGACCGCUUGUGCUCCCGCCUAUUCCUGUCGAAGUCGUGAGCAGACAAGAGCAACCACCCUUUCUUCAGCCUAUUGCUGUUGACGUUGUCAGCAGCCAAGGGACGCCAUCCUUGUUCCAGCCCAUUCCUGCUGAAGUGGUCAGCAGCCACUUGGUAGCGCCUCUGUUCCAGCCUGCUCCACAGGUGGCCACCAGUCUGACAGAGGAAGUGGAGCUUGCGAGAGAAGCGAGUGUGGAUAUGAAUCCAGGAGCUUCAGAGGAGCGUAGGCAGAUACCUGGUGCUGCUCGCACACCCCGAGGGGCUUCAUUAGAGUCAGUGAAUAGCUUCAUUAAUGGUCUGCAGAGACUUCAUGGUAUGCUAGAAUUCCUGAGACCUUCAUCUUCAGACCACAAUGUGGGGCCACUGAGAGUGAGGAGAAGGGGGUCUGCCUCACGCAGAGCAAGAGCUGGAGGGUCGCAGAGGACUGAUAAUACCAGGUUGAGAGCACCACUGGAUACCUAUUUUCAGGUGAGCAGGACCCAGCCUCACUUGUCAGCCGUCUCUGAUAAUUCAGAGACUAGGAAUCCUGUGUCCGAAGAUUUGCAUCUUUCAAGUGGUUCUGAUUCUGACAGUGACAGCUCUGCAGAGAAUGAAGAGGUGGUUGCCCAGGUAGAGGAACCUGGAGCUGUCAUUUUAGGAGAGCAAGUAGGAGGUGUCUCAGCAGAACAAGAAGUUACAUGCGCUAGUGAAGGCAAGACCAUCUCCAAACAGUCUCCCAAUGGAUCCAACCCUCUUGUACCUUCUACUUCUGCUGAUGAUGAAGAAGGAGACACUUGCACAAUAUGUUUGGAACAGUGGACAAACGCUGGAGAACACCGGCUGACAGCAUUACGCUGUGGGCACCUCUUUGGUUAUAAGUGCAUUUCUAAGUGGCUCAAAGGACAAGCACGAAAAUGUCCCCAGUGCAAUAAGAAAGCCAAGCACAGUGACAUCGUUGUCCUUUAUGCCCGAAACCUGAGAGCUUUGGACACUAGUGAACAGGAGCAUUUAAGAAGUUCCCUACUGAAGGAGCAAAUGCUUAGGAAGCAAGCCGAGUUAGAAUCAGCCCAGUGCCGGCUCCAACUCCAGGUCCUCACUGAUGAAUGCACUAAACUGCACAGUCGUGUUCAGGAUUUGCAAAGCCUUAUUAUGCAGCAUAAGGAACAAGCUUUACAGCGACUCAGGGGCUCCCCAGCACAGUUCCUGGGCUGCCAGUCUUCCAGCCAGGGCCAGCGCAAGUACCACUUCCAGAAGACCUUCCCAGUGUCUCAGACAGGAAACUGCCGGAUCAUGGAAUACUGUGAAACUCUUAGCUGCCUGGUGGUGUCACAGCCUUCUCCUCAAGCCUCCUUCCUUCCAGGCUUUGGUGUUAGGAUGCUGAGUACAGCCAACAUGAAAAGUAGUCAGUACAUUCCAAUGCAUGGCAAACAGAUACGUGGAUUGGCUUUCAACCCCCGAUCCAAAGGCUUGCUGCUCUCUGCUUCCCUGGACAACACUGUUAAAUUGACCAGCCUGGAGACAAAUACUGUGGUGCAGACUUACAAUACUGGUCGGCCUGUCUGGAGCUGUUGCUGGUGUCUUGAUGAAAACUAUUAUCUCUAUGCUGGGCUGGUCAACGGUUCAAUUCUGGUGUACGACAUGCGAAUUACAAACUCUCACGUCCAGGAGCUGGUGCCUCAGAAAGCCAGAUGCCCGCUGGUAUCCCUGUCAUAUAUACCUAAAGCUGCUUCGGCUGCCUUUCCAUAUGGUGGAGUACUGGCUGGGACCUUGGAGAAUGCUUCCUUCUGGGUGCUGAGACCAGGCUUUUCCCAUUGGCCUCACGUGCUGCCCUUGGAGCAAGGGGGCUGUAUAGACUUCCAGACAGAGAGCAGCACCCGGCACUGUCUUGUGACCUACAGGCCUGAUAAAAACCACAGUACCAUGCGGAGUGUGCUGAUGCAGAUGUCCUAUAGGCUGGAUGAUGCUGGAGAACCAGUCUGCUCCUGCAAUCCUGUACAAACAUUCCAUGGUGGACCCACUUGCAAACUGUUGACCAAAAAUGCCAUUUUCCAAAGUCCAGAGCAUGAUGGUAGCAUCUUGGUGUGUACUGGGGAUGAAGCAUCAAAUUCUGCUUUGCUGUGGGAUGCCAGCAAUGGCUCAAAGUUACAGGACCUGCAGACUGAUCACCCUGUCUUGGACAUCUGCCCUUUUGAGGUGAACCAUAAUAGCUACCUGGCCACCUUAACAGAGAAGAUGGUCCACCUCUAUAGGUGGGAGUGACCAUGGUUUUGAACUUUCAGAUCUGCUGAUGGUUCAUGUUAAAUGCUUUUUGCUAGCACCUAGCAGCCUUGAGUAAUAUUCCUGUUUAUUACUUUUAUUACUUGUGGACAACUUUUGGGAUCAUGGUUCUUUGGAUUAAUAUGAUUCUGGGGCUCCAGGUCUCUUAGACACUACAGAUUGUGUAUCUGCUAUAUCCCUCAAAAGAAUAAGUACUGGUGGUCCAUCUUCAUUAUCUAUUUCUUGAGUUACGAGCCUUCUUGAGUCUUUUUUGGGAAUCUGUCUUUAUUUCCUGUCUUUCUGUUGGACCUGAGAAUAUCCUCUCAGCAGUCUUCUAAGAUAGGAGUGUUCACCAAGCAUUUGCCAGGGGAUAUGACACCCCACUUGAAUGGUCUUUUCACUGGGUUAAUUGCUUUGAGAGUCCUGCAUUGUUUGCUGCUUGGAUGCAGCAUGGAUGUAGAAGAGUCCUUCUCCAGUUAAACACAAGAGGGCACUGUGGAACCUUGUGUGAUUUAAUUUAUUUCUCAGCCUAAUGGCUGACCUUUUAGUACCUUGGUGUCAUCUCCACAGAAAUGGGUGGUAGAACACAUCUGGCAUGCUUUGUGGCAACAGUAGUUACGUUUGAGGCACAUGGUGCUGGAAUGUCAGCAAGCCCAGUGAUGAAGGCAACUGAUGAGUGUGAGAAUCUUUGCUGAUGCUGAGUGCAUUAAACUCAUUGUAUAUUUUGAGAUCUAAAGACAAAAGACCAGUUGUUUGAGCAAUAGGGAAGGCUUGUAUAUUUAGCUAUUUUAGGAUCUCAGGGUUCGUUUUAUCCAAUUCAAAGCUUUAAAGACUACUGCUUUCCUCUCUCACUAGGAAAAAAAUGAAUGAUAUGUCAAAGCUCUUAUUUUAGUCUCACCUAAGAUCGAGAGCAAAGGACUAAGAGCAUACAGGAGAGAAGCUACAUUCAAACCAUUUUUGAGGAUAGAAAGGCUUGUUUUUUACCAUUUUGAGAGUUUCUAUCUCAAUAAAGCCAAUCCCUCAGAGUAAGGGACUGUUCUUGAGCCUGUUUUUAGUUCCCAGGUAAAAUCUUUCCUCUCUGAAAUUGAUGUUUGACUCUUAAGUUCCUCUGAUUUUCCUCCAUAAUGUUUUGUAAAAGUGUAGGUAAUAACAGGUUAUUCUCAGGAAGAGAGUGGUGGCUGGAGACCUCCAUGGUGGCAGGGAGGUGCUCACCAGCUUUCGUUCCACUCCUGCGCUGGCCAGCACUGAGCACUGCUCUCCACUGCAGGCUCAGUUUCUAUUUGCCUCAGGCUCCUCUGCUGAACCACCGUCUUCAAGGGGUGGCAGGUCACUGCCCUGUUCUUUGAUGCAGGAUGUUUUCUUACAUGAUUGUCAAAGAGAUGCUACUUUUAUUAUAAAACAAUUCUGAGCUAUGGAAGGUUGCCAGGAUUUUUCUCAUUGUUGUGGAUUUCCCCAGAGUUCCAAUUUCUAGUUGCUAACCUUUUUAAUGGCCUCCUUCUAUUUGAGGACAUCUUUGAAAAAGCAACCUUCUGGAGUCUGGGCAAAGCUCUCCUUUCUCGGAGAUGUUCCUUAUGAUAUGUUGAUUAAGAGUGGCUCCCUGGGCCCGACACCUCAGUAGAAAGUCAUCUGAUUUCAGCAGACUGCCAGAGAGGAUGCGAGUGGUCAGCCUCUGACUGCCUUUCUCUUUGGGAUAGGUAAGGAUUUGACUUGCCUUGAAGUCUACUCAACUGAUACUCAUUGGUUUCCCCUAAGAGUAGGAACUAAGGGAUUUGUUACUAGGGAGGUUGGGUGAAUUUCAAGGCUUGCCUGACCUUGCAUUCCUACAAUAUGCUUGGAUGUUUUGGAAGCAAAUUGACAUGACUAUGACUGAGUUUUCCCAUGGGAAACGGGGGACCACCCUACUUGCAGGAAGCUGUACCUGACUAGCUCUAGUCCACUGAGCACUACCAGGGUCUCUGUCCACCAUGUUCCCUUACCUUUGUCUACCUCUGGUGGUUUUCCCAUUAGAGGGUUUGGAGUUAAGCUGAUGUAAAAUGUCUUUUGUAUGUCUUGUGCCUGCUUUGAAAAUGGGGCAAGGGAAUGUUGUUCAUAUUCUGUUUUAAUGUUUGUAUUUUCUGCUUUAGUGUUAAUAAGAAAAUAAAGAGUUUGC